AAUGGAGGAGAGGACAGGCCCAGGACGCUUGCCAGUGGGAGGUCUGUUUGGGGGCACUCAGCUGUCAUUGGCUCCUGAGUCAGACCUUUUAGAGAGCAGGAAGAAACUGUCGUUCAUGAGAUCUAAAGCUGUGGAACAGCUUUCCCCAAUGCAAACUCUAAGUGACAGUGAAACUAAGUUUCAAGGAAGAAAUAAACCCCAGUCCAACCAGGUUACACCUGUGCACCGCAGAUCAACAUGCUGUAUCAGGGCUAAAUGUUUCCCUGAUAACUGGAUCAGUUUUUAAUCCAAGGUCUUCGGCAGAGAUACUAAAGAGUUUCCCAGCAUCCCAGGCACGCUCCUGGGCGCGGUGAAGAACAGAGAGAUGGCGGUGCAUGCGGACAUCCACCUCUAGACCCCGAACCAAAAGCACCGAGCCGCUCACCAGAAUUACAUGAUGCCCCUACGCAUGAGCUCGACGCAAUGGAAACAGACUCUUUUGAUAACGAUCCAUUCUCCGGGCCAGGCACCUAUCAUUUUCCAGAGGGAAAGGAAGCUGAAGAGUGGAACAUAAUGGCUGUCCAAGCCUGCCCAGGGGGGUUGAAUUCAAAGUGAAAUCGCCACAGCCGACAUCAUUGAACACCCAUCUACUUGUCUUUUUGUUCCUACAUGUUGUGCAACACAGAUCACAGGCCGACUUCAAUGCAGAAAUCUAUGGGGAGUUGUUGACAAACCUGUUCAAGCUAGAAAAGAUUCAGUGAAAUCUCAGGAAGCUACUUGAAGAGACCUGACUGAUCGCGUCGCUGGACCGAAGCAGUUCCUUCUUAAAACUCUGGUGAAAACACUGCAGAUUUGAUCUGCAAUCUGUUGCCAAAUAACAGACGGACACUUUGGAAAAGAGAGCAUUUCUUAAUUGUGCAAUAGCAGUAUCUUCCUUCUCUCUCUACUCAGGACAAAACCCAUUAUUUUGUAUCUGAUUGCGUGCCAGAGUAAUCGAGACAUUUCAGCAAAUGUAGCUAGUUUGGUCCGAAUCCUAACUUCAAACUCAUGCGGCUAAUAACUCAGAAUUUCGCUUAAAUCAUGCCUGGAGGUCAAUGGGAGAUUGUCAUUUAAAUGAGCGAUUAGUGUGCAGAUUUGAAGUCAAGAUGCAACCCUUAGUGAAGACAAGCCAUAAGCUUUAGCCUAUGUGUAGUACUGUAUCUGAACAUUUUCAAUAUUAAUGGGAUUUUGUCAGGUAUGAGUAGGUCCCAAGGACCCAUCUAUUUCAAUGUUUUUCUAAAGACAAAAUGUAAUGCCUGCUGUUCAUGUUCCCUUUUGUUACGGAUGCAUUGCCAAUACAAUAUUUAUAGUUCUUGCUUCAUUUUUCAUCUUAAACUGUCAUUCAACAUGCCUAAAUGCCACUAAUAACUCGGUGAAUAGCUUGCAUUUUCAAUAAGCACUUAAGGAUUUAACAUAAUAGUGCAAUGCCAUGUGUCGAGGCGUAGCACCUCCGAACCAGCAGAUGUGGCUAAUUCUCAUUUAUUCAUGUUUUUUGUUUGUUUCUCUCAUUACUCCUUUCCUAAUUUCCUUUUAAAAUCUUUGUCAGAGUGAAAGCCCAGAUACGGACCUCUGUCCUGUCAGUGACCCUACUACUCCCCUUUCUACUGGAGUGGCUCAGAUGCAUAGGAGGAUGGGGUGCAUCUCAAUAGUGUUAGGUGGCUCCCUCACCAACAAUGGUCCCCUACUUUGAGUAGCAUUUGCAUUCAGGCAAAGCAGGGAAAGGGGGGUACCUAGUCAUUUGUACAACUGAAUGCAUUCAACUGAAAUGUUGUCCUCAUUUAACACAACCCCUCUGAACAACCCCACAGAGCAAACUAUAGACUUGCUUCAUAUUGACUUAGUACUUUUUGACAGUGUCAAGUGAAUGAAAUAUUUGCAUCCUCUUUCAGUGUCCAUAUCUCUGAAUACACAGAGCACUGUUGACUUACCAGGGAAACACCUCACACAACCUUGAUACAGGUCACGUUUCACUUCUGAAGAUAGUCCCGUUGAUCUAUUACUUUGAAUGUUUUUCUUUUACCAGUUGCGGUAGCAGUUGCUAGGCCUACAAUUUAUAGCUACCUCAAAUGCUGACUUGAGGAACUGUAUCUCAUGAGGUAUGCUUAUAUAGUAACUAUACUGGAAUUUGGUAGAAAUAAUAGUCAAGAGUUAUAAAAUGUAUAACAUAUAUAAUUAUGCAAAUCUAUAACUGUAUAAUUGAUCCAUCUCUAUAUUUUAAUUUGAGUCUAAUAUGAAACUUUUAGAAAAGGAAUACGGUUAGGAAUGCACCCCCCCUAUACAGGCUCACGUUUGGUCUGGCUGUCAAGUCAAUCCUAAUGAUUUAUAUGUAGCCUACACAUCAUUGGUCAACCCAUGUUCAGGCUGCACAUGACGUAACACCCACACAGCACAGUGCAAUGGCGAAGUUGAACAAUAACAGCCCUAGCUAGCUUCUCCGUACCAUAUGUAUUAUGUCGUUAACGUUAAAGAAAACUGAAUCAUUCUUCUGCAGAGUCACAUGCAACAUUUGUACAUUUAACGCCCGCGGGGCUGCGACGAGAAGGAGCAUUCUACUACCCCUGCAAGCGAUGAGGGUUUAAAACGCUGGUCUGAGGUGUACUGAGUGAAACAUGGCCACGCAAGAACCAUCCCCUCCAUCGUCCAUGGAGAGCAACAAACCCGGCUUCCCCAAGAAGAUACUGGCCAAUAAGCUGGAGGAUAAGCACCUGUGUAACUGCUGUCACAACCUGCUGCGGAGGCCCUUCCAAGCCCAGUGUGGACACCGCUUCUGUUCCUACUGCUUCACUAUGACUGUCAGAGAUGGACCUCAGAAAUGCAAUGCUUGUAUCAAAGAGGACAUUUUUGAAGAGCCCACGUCAAUUCUAAAACAAUGCUGUUCUUUUAUUCCAGUGUCAGAUCAUCGUCCCAAAGAAAAAGCUUUUCCUGACAACGCAGCUCGAAGAGAGGUCGAAAACCUCUCUGCUGUCUGCAUCAACGAAGGUUGCACUUGGAAAGGCAAUAUUAAAGAAUACGAGUUGAGCCACGAAGAGAAGUGUGAGUUCAUGAUCAUCCCCUGCCCUUCCUGUAAAGAGCGGAUCCGCUUCAACGAACAGGAACGCCACAACGAGCGAGAGUGCCCUGAGAGAACCCUCAACUGCAAGUACUGCAAGGAACCAUUUCAUUUCAAAAACAUCAAGGCCCACGACGAGAUCUGCCCCAAGUACCCCAUGAUCUGUGAAGGCUGUGCCAAGAAGAAAAUCCCCAGGGAGAAGUAUGUGGACCACAUUAAGUUCUGCAGCAAAUUCAGAACGCCGUGCAGAUUCCAUGUUGUUGGGUGUGAUAUGUCAGUGGAGAAGGAGAGGAUCCACGACCACGAGAGGGCCUGCGCUUACGAACACCUCAACCUGCUGCUACACUACAUUAUGGGCAUGAAGGUGAGCAUGGAGGGCCUGCAGCCGCAGGGACUGGAGCUAGCCGGACACAAGCUCCUGGACCUCCACCGUUCCCUCAGGGAGCUGGAGGUCCGCGUCUCCCAGAUCAGCACCACCUCGAUCGGGCCUCCCGUGCAGGGGGUCACCUCCUCCUCUUCCUCCUUAGGUCUCCCGGGGCCUCCUACCCCGGCUCUUCCUCUGCCUCCACCUCCCGCCCCGGUCCCAACCCUGACCGUGUCCACCUCCUUCACCCCCCUGCCUAGCUCGGUGGGGGCGGCCCUGGAGCUGCAGCUCCACAGUGAGAAGACCAAGGUGGCGGAGCUGGGACGCAGGUGCACUGACCUGGAGGUGAAGGUGGGGACGUUUGAGAAUGUGGUGUGUGUGUUGAACCGAGAGGUAGAACGCUUCACCACCACCAUGGAGGCAGGUAACAGACAGCAUCGACUGGACCAGGAUAAGAUUGAGGCCCUGAGCAACAAGGUGCGGCAGCUGGAGAGGACGGUGGGACUGAAGGACCUGACGGUAGCGGAGAUGGAGGGCAGGCUGAGAGAGAUGUCGGCCACCACGUUCGACGGCGUCUUCGUCUGGAGGAUCUCUGACUUCACCAAGAAGAGACAGGACGCCAUCGCUGGCCGAGCCCCCGCCAUGUUCUCACCAGCAUUCUACACCAGUAAAUACGGCUAUAAGAUGUGUCUGCGGAUCUACCUGAAUGGGGACGGGACAGGGCGUGGCAGUCACCUUUCUCUUUUCUUUGUGGUGAUGAGAGGACUGAGUGAUGCUCUGCUAAAAUGGCCCUUUAACCAGAAGGUGACUCUGAUGCUGCUGGACCAGAGUAGCAGGGAGCACAUCAUCGACGCCUUCCGGCCUGACAUCACUUCCUCCUCCUUCCAGAGGCCUGUGAGCGAGAUGAACAUCGCCAGCGGCUGCCCGCUGUUCUGCCCGCUCUCAAAGCUUGACGCCAAGAACUCCUACAUCCGCGAUGACAUAAUCUUCAUCAAGGCCAUUGUGGAUCUCACAGGCCUUUAGAUGCAACCUUUGAAGUGGAAGUGCAAGGCAACUAAGCAGCAUUGUGGCAAUUCAGCCAGGCUCCAUUUUGGCUGCUGUUGGUCACCAUUUUGGCUCCAUUUGGGUCCAUUUGGGAUCCAUUCUGGCCUAUUUCAGUCCCCUCCAGUUGUUAGGGAGACUGACAUGCUUGCUACUGUGUGCUGCAUGCGGCUCCAGAUUGCCCAGCUCCGGAGGCCCUUGCACUGUUGUACAAGGCGGUCCUUUGCAGAGCAAUUCUGUUGUAGCUCUACAUAUUGGUUCCUCAUGGUGCUUGAACCCCACUUUAGCUCUAUAUUAUUUGAAUCCAUGGAAAAGGCAACUGAACAAACAAGUAACUCCAGAAUAUAGUCCCAAUAUUGAGUAGGACAGAACCUGUGGUAUUGAAUUGGGGAUAUGUUGCGGUUGGAGGGCAUCUUUUUUCUCUCUUUGUUUUUCAUAAGACCUUGGAGUGAGUGACUUGUAGCCUUUAGAGGAUAGUAAAAAGAGGGAUAUGAACCCUGUUUUCCCUGUCAGUGUAUACAACUGACCCUUAUCGUAGAAGUAGAGCUGGGUCUUGGCGUAGCAGGGUAUUAACAUUUUCUUUCUUGUUUCCGAUCUCAACGCGAGUGAUUUUGAUUGUGGAUAUCGUGAGCUUCUCAAUGCCAUUGUUGAGUACAUUUGCAUAGACAAACGUGGAGUUAUGUUAUGAAUAAGAAUAUGGGCAUUUGUUUGCCUUUUUGCGCAAAUUGCAUGCCUGCUACCUUUUAUUGGCCUGUUCGUGUCGAAGUGCUCUCUCUCCCUUCAUUGAGUUGCUGGAGGGCUCUUCCUUGUUAGUUGUUACACUUGUUAGUGAGUUAAACCACCUGUGAUGGUGGACAUUGCCUGCAUGUCUUGUAUCCAGGCAUAUACUUUUUACAUAUACUUAGUGUUGCGUUUCUUGUUUCUCUUUAGGGGUCGAGGGUUACGGGAUUGGUGGUUCGGUACAUCUGUGGAAGAUACAGUGGAGUUAUCAGGGUGUUAAAAGGCAGCUUGCCAAUCAAAGCCUGAGGCAUACGACAAGUGUAUUUCUGUCACUGGUAAAUACACCAAUCUGGAAGAGCUUUCCCCCCCAGGAUAUGCUUAGUACAGUAGCUCACAUCUCAACACAUAGUGCUGUGCCCCACCACAGAUGGAGGUCAAUAUAGGUUCAAUGAACUGAAGGAAUGGUGUGUUCCUUGUUUUCUGUCCAUAUUACAGUACGGUACAUUUGUAUGUAGUUUUGCUGCUCUCUCAGCUUUGUUUCCGGUGUAAAACAAAUGUGUGGCGAUCAAUGCGAAUUUUAGCAUAGACAGUUGAGCGUUAGUUGAAGAGGUUAAAGUGGAAGGAUAAUGAGGGAUGUAGCCUCGAAGUGAAAACAAGUGAAUGUGAUGGUAUAAUUUUUCAUUGGACCACAGUGGUUGAAAAUCAUUAAUUGAUGUUUGAUGUAACUCUACAUAAAUCCCAUUAACCUGUGGGUGACAGUGAAUCCUCUUAGCCUAGGUGGUGUUAUUAUUCAUGAAGCCCCACAAAUGACGCUGACCAAAAUGCUAAAUCAGAGGAAAUCCUUUAGAUCUGAAUAUAGGUAGGUUCUAUGCAUGUCCACCAGGGGGUGCUGAUUUACCCCAAUAGUCUUCCCCCUCUGGACUUGCGUCAGGGUUUUCACAGACCUGUUUUGAAACCAGUCUUGACCUGUGUUGAAACCUCUCUGUGCAUGGGAGGGUUCAAUUCAUAUUCAGUAUCGCAGUUCGUUAUUGUCUUACCUUGUAGACCAAUGGCGAACGCAUUGAUUUGCAUUAGUUUGGAGGAGUAUAAAUAAAGAUAGCGUUAUUAUUAUGUCAUAUCUCUCACUGCUUCUGUAUAACACAAGCAGAUGCCUAUAUAUAUUCAUAAGAAUGUAUACAUAUAAUAUCAUAAUGUUGAGCAAUUCAAUAUAUUGAUGUUACUAUACACAUAUUGUUAUUAAUAAACAUAGUAUUGUUGAAUAUAUUAUUAAUGAUAUCUAUAUACCUACUUUUUGUUUUUAUGAGAUGGUUUAAGACAGGUCUGGAAACCCCCUUAAAGUUGAAUUGCCAUAUUAUGGUGCAACAACAAAAGCUCUGCCACAUAAUACCAACCAUGGCACCCUAUUCUUCUGGGUUAACUGUGGGUGGGGGAAAACACAAUAUUUACAUUCAUCAAAAUGACCCUUUAAAGGUUCCUGCAGUAAUUCUGUGUAAUUUAACUCUGUUUCUCAACCUUUUAUAUGCCACUGGGAAAACAAUGGACCCUCUUGUACCAAGAACUGACAAGCUGCUAUGGUCCUUGAAGGCACUUCUGGCUACGUUGUUGUCAGCUAACAACCUGAGGGACCAGUCAGCAGCAUCCCAGAGAGCAGUGCUGGUCCUCGGACCAGAGUUUGAGGACCACUGAUAUAAUUUUCCUCUGAGAAAGGGUGCUUUGGUUGUUAAAUGGGUAGUAUUUGGCCUCAGUCAGUGAAUACGUUGUUGUUUGGUCCUCUGAUGGUUAUAGACAGGGUUUGGUUCUGUAGAUUCUGACCAUGUUCAUUCAUUACAGCUUUUUAGCUUGAAACGGGAAGUUGAUCAGUAAGUAUAGUGCACAUAACGAUCACUCCUUUGCAUAAAUACUUAUUCUUGUGUUGUGCCAAAAUGCUAUAUUACCUCCAUAUUAUUACAAACGAUGUAUUGUAAGUUGUACUUGUAUUCUAUGCUCAAAUAUGGUGCCAAAUAUGCUUGAAGAAUAAUGUGUAUUUAAGGUCUAUGGUUUGUAUUCUUGUUUCAUUCCAGUAUACUGCAUGGGUCACUUUUGGAACCAGCUAGAUUGAUGGAGACGUCAACUUAGUAUGUUAAGCAAAAUAUCUCCUUACAGUACAAUCAUAUCUUUAGGUGUCUGAAUGUAAAGCCUUAAUGCAGUGGUCCUCUCCACUGUUUCUGUGAGGGGAAAACAGUUUGGCAGUUCCGUUUUAACAGUUGUUGAUGCAGCUGAAUUGAAUUAACUGUAAUUGUGCACUUUGUAUAAUUUAAAAGGUAUCCACAGGGUACAACUUUGUUCUGUGAUUGGUAAACUUUGAAGACAGAUCUAUAUACAUUCUAAUGUGUUCAUUGAUGUUCUCUAAAUACGCUAUAAAGGCUCUUACAGAACAUGCAGUAUGCAAUA